AUGAAGAUGUCAGUAACCCUCCGUCAACAUUUUUGGAAGACGAAGCUGUGCCCCCUUCAUAUGGAAAACAGGUGUAAGGAAGGAAGUAACUGUGACUAUGCGCAUUCGAUUGAAGAUUUGCGAUCAAUUCCUGAUUUGAAAAGAACCAAGUUAUGUUACAAACUGCUAAAAGGAGAAAAAUGUUUUAAUAAAAAGUGUAAUUAUGCGCAUAACCAGGAGGAAUUAAAAUCUGCGCAGAAUUUAUUUGCGUACAAAUCUUCCAUGUGUAAGUUUGUUGCAAAUAAGACUUGUUUGAACGGAUCAACGUGUCGUUUUGCUCACACCAUUGAUGAAUUGAGGGUGCCAAGGAUACCAGAAAUUUUGCUAGAAAAAACAAAUGUGGAAAGAGGAGAAGGAGUGGACGCAGAAACCGACCUCAUGCUGUCCGAGAGUGGAGGAAAUAUUAUAUGUGAAGCGAACGGUGAUGUAAACUGUACAGGGAAAGACAAUGCGGGGGGUGGCGGCAAGGAAAGUUUGGUAAACGACAUGGAAAAUAACUUCACCAACAGCUUGGCAAAAAGCUUCAACAAAAAUGGCAGCAGAAAUGGUAACAGAAAUGGUAACAGGAAUGGCAAUAAAAAUGGUUACAGGAAUGGUCACCAGAAUGUGAACAAAAACUUCACCCAAAGCUUUGACCUAAUGCUGAGCAGCUUCAACUCGAUGCAGAUAACGCAGAACGAACACAUGCACAAUAACACGAACGGCGGCUUCGGCCAGAACAAAAAUAACGGAGCAAAUUAUCAAAGAGAGGAAAGGAAAAGACGCGAUAGAAACAGAAACAGGAAUAAAGAAAAACAGUUAAAGCUAAAAGUGAAGAAUUCAGAUUAUGUAAAAAUUUACGAACCAGACAGUGCCAACAAUAAGAAGGCAGUGAUGAAUAGCUUUGCUUCGCCUUGCAAUAAAAAAAAGUACGCCGAGGAGAGGGACAAAUUUUACGACAGCAACACAACGAUAUCGUCCAGUUUGGAUUGUGCAGAGGAGGGGAAGAAGGACCAAAGGAAUACUGAGGUCUGCGUGAGUAACACGUUUGAGAAGGUUGACAUGAAUGAGUGCUAUGUGAAAACGGAGGAGAGCAUCGGUGGGGGCUCAGGCGGGGAAGCAGAGAAGGGCGUAGAGGAGGGUGCAAUCGGAAGCGCAAUCGACAGUGCAGACGGAAAAGCAGAAAGCGACGCAGAGCGUGAUGGAGAAUCCAGUACGGAACCCCUUGUUGAACCGUACGAUAACAAAAGCAAAGUUAAAAAGAUAAAUGACUCCAAGAAUAACCCUGUGCAGAAAAACGACCCCAAGGGUGACAUCCCCAGUGGCACCGCAGAACACCAGACCAACAACCAACACAUAAUGAAUGGCCAAACGAAUGAAGCAAAUUAUAUCAACUACAACUACGACUAUAACAGUUAUAUAAACCCGGUAGUCUACAACAAAAUGAUGCAAAUGAAGUACAACACUUAUAACCCCUAUUUUAAUUACAACCAAGCAAAUAAUAAUGCAUGCAAAUAUGAUGCUGGUGCUAUGUCUAGUCCUUACCCACCUUUUGCCAAACCGAACGAAUUUUUUAUGUACGAUCAUCCAAGUAAUGUGCCCCAUAUGACACCAAAUUAUUAUGGCAAUUAUUUAUACGUUUAUGCAAAUCCAUAUACUUAUGGGCAGUGCGCUAUGGUGAAUAAAAUGAAGGGUGGCCAUAAUGAGGAUAGGGAAAUUUUCAGUUACACAGCGGAUCAGGCGAAAGGCACCGCUAACGGUACAGGAGAACUAAUGCCAUUUAACGAGGGUGAUGACAGCCAUGUAAGGGCGAAGGUAGAGGGGGAGCAGAACGACCCAGACGGGCAAACCUUAUCAGAGGAAUUAACCUCAUCGGAGGAGUUAACCCCAAAAAGCGACGUACCAGACAGGGAGGAAUCCUUAAAUGAUAAGCAGACGGCCGAGCAUGAAAUGAGCAGCGACGGCGGGGAAGAAGCUUCAGAUGAAGCAGACCCGCUAAACGGACAGCAGGAAGGGACUACCGAUGGGGAAAAUACACAGGCAGACGAAGGAAAACUCGGGGAAAUAAAAAAACAUAAGGGACACACAAAGCAGUGCAGCGUUACAGAAUUGAAAGCAAAAGGUGAGCACGAAAAUGCACAUAUGAACAAGAGCGUACGAAAUGAUUGUAGCAAAAAAAGCAACAACUCCUUGGUGGAAAAAAACAAGUGGAACGAAUGUCCAAGUGGGAACAUCACAGAAGAACGAAUGAAGCAGACAAAGGGGAACAUCAAGCAGAAGAAAAAAAAAUUAUCCAAGUUACUUUCGCUAAACAGUGCAAACAAGAGCUGCAACAGAGACGUAUGCGUAAGUAAUGAGAACACCGUUGGGGUAAACCCAAAGAGAAGCAACAAACACAUCGACGGCGCGAUGAAUGGUAGCAGUGGAAACCUUGGCAAUACCACCAAUCCCAAUGGUAUAAAAUAUCCUAAAAAUGCACAGCUUCAAUAUAAUGGUCAGGUGAAUCCCUCUUCCGUGUACAGUUACAUAUUACACGCAAACAAUGCAGAGAGCGCUAACUGCGAGAAGAGGUUUAUGAAGCCGCCCCCAAAUGACAUGGACCUGUAUAUGAACAACCACUACCACAUGAACCAGCUGGCCAACGAGCAGAUGAUGUUUAAUUUAAGCGGUCGGAACUAUGGUUACUAUUACUACCCCUACGCGCCCCCCUCAGCGGCCUACACUGAUGAGGUUUACUUGAAUUAG